AUGGCUUCCACUACCCACCACAAGCUCAACACGGGCGCUUCCAUCCCCGCGGUGGGGUUUGGAACAUGGCAGGACAAGGACGCUCAGCAAGAUGCCGUGUUGACUGCCCUCAAAGCCGGGUAUCGACACAUUGACACCGCCCGCAUCUACGGCACCGAACCCGCCGUCGGCGCUGGCAUCAAAGCCUCGGGCGUCCCUCGCUCCGAAAUCUUCCUCGUCACCAAACUCUGGAACAACUCCCACGACCCGUCCUCCGUCGAAUCCGCCCUCGACGCCAGCCUGAAAGAUCUCGGCACUGACUACGUCGACCUCUACCUCAUGCACUGGCCCUCGCCCUUCAAGAACGGCGACAACAUGUUUCCCAAAGACGACGCUGGAAAGGUACAGACUGGAACGGCGGACUACGUGGAGACUUACAAGGCGAUGGAGGAGUGCUUCAAGAAGGGGAAGGCGAAAGCUAUCGGCGUGUCGAAUUUCAGCAAGAAAGAGAUGGAGCGGUUGUUGAAAGAGACGAGUGUCGUCCCCGCGGCACAUCAAUUGGAACUCCACCCCUGGCUUCAACAAAAGUCCUUCUCCGAAUGGCACGCGUCGAAGGGCAUCCACCUCACGCAAUACUCCCCCUUUGGCAACCAGAAUGAAAUCUACUCCAAAGGGAAAGACUUGGGUAAACUGAUGGAGGAUCCCGUGCUCGUCGAGAUUGGGAAAAAGUACGGCAAGUCGGGCGCGCAAGUCGCUUUGGCGUGGGGCAUCGCGCAUGGACGGUCGGUCAUUCCAAAAAGCAAGACGGAGAGUCGGAUCAAAGCGAAUCUGGAGGGGGAUUUCCACCUGGAGAAGGAGGACUUGGAUGCAAUUGAGAAGAUUGAUAAGAAGGUCAGGUUUAAUGAUCCAUCGGAGACUUUUGGAUGGGACUUCUACACGGAUUUGGAGGGGAAGCAGUAG